AUGUUUGGAGGCCCACCCCCACCGCCAUCCGCCGAGGAGAAGGCUCGCGCUAGCGCUGCCGCCAACAGGACGCUCAACUCGUUCAUCAUUGGUGCCGUCACCCUCUACGUCGCCCCCUGGCUCCUCGCCCCCGCAUUCGAGCGCUUCUACAAGUAG